AUGGAAGAUACAUCCUACAGCAGCAACUUCGCCCACAAAGGCGGCUGCAUUUCCAAAGACAAAUCAAAUCCGAACUUCUUUGGAGGCUAUCCCACCUUUGAGGACAGUACCUCCUCUGAAGAUUCGACUACUGAGGAUUCUUUCUGCUCCUUGCUCACUCCUGUACAAGAGCCAUGGGUGACUGAAAGUGGAAGGAUGCCCGUGGGGAAACGAGAACAAAUUCAUGACAACUCAGAGCAGCUCUGUGAACUACCCAUCGUCCGGGUCCUGGACGUUUAUCUGGGCUCCCCCUAUGAAGACUCACCAGCUACAGUGGAUCUCCAUGGAGACAACCAGGCAGUGGACAAGAACCCACAAGGGAGGAGAAACCAGAGUGUCUGGAAACUGGAAGGUCUAAUGAGAUACCUUAAUGCCUAUCGAGAGAAUCUGAGAGAUGAUGAAGACGACGACACUGUGUGCUCUGAUUCUUCUCUGGAUGAGGAUUUCCAGUCAUCCACCAGUGCCUCUGUCUACAUGGAUCAGGAGAGUAGUCAAGAACAAGAGGAUGAGUGGGUCUUUUCCAAGUGGAGACCAUCACAAAAUGAAGAUAUCAUCCCAUUUCCAGAAAUUUCACCCAGGAGAAGGCAAGAUGAACUUCUUGAGGUGAGCAGGGAGCUGCUCAAUUUCUGA